ACUUUUUCAAAGUCCAACCAAAACCAAACAUGGCUGAAACCACCUCGCAAAAGCAUCAGAACUUCAUCAAGGAACAGAUGAGGGACAAGCCCGUCAACCAAGUCGCCGGCAUUGGCGAGAAGAUUUCGGGCGAGCUGAACGACCAGGGCUUCAAGUACGCCUACCAGCUGCUCGGCCAGUUCCUCAUUCUCAACAAGAACGAGGGUGAUUUCCUCGAUUGGUUCAAGGAGGUUGCUCCUAGCGCAAACUCCAAGCACCGUCAAGACGCAUACGAGUGCCUGUCCAAGUGGUGCGAGCUCAUGCUUUAAAAAGCCACCGUCUGAAUGAAAUGGGGUGUUUGCACAUCUGCGUGACGAAGCGUAUCAAAAUAUAUAAUGUUUAACAAGUC